UGAAACUGAAGAACAUGAACAUCAUAAUACAUUUAGUCUGUUUCCAAGCGCUGUUCGGGUACCUGUGCGUUCCGAACAAGAGUAGUCUGUAAUCACACAUUGUGUGUCUACUAAAUAUGAAGACUUCUGUCAAUGAAAGUGAUUGUCGAGAUUUGCCUUUUCUGUGGAGAUGACUCAGAAUUUCAGGCCUUUCAGAGUGGCGUCUAUCGAGUCUUGAACAAGUGUGUGAAGCCAUCUGCACCGGGGAUGAUGUACAAUUGCCUUUUGAAAUGUCAAAAGAAGGCCAAAGGCCGCGCUGUCUCCAAGUCUCGGGAGAGAUCCAAGAUGGUUUCGAGUGGGACCAUUUUAUUUUUUCAUGACGUGGGUGACAAUGGUGGUAAGUGGACCAAACGCUUGGGAGCUCUUUUUCCUGACGAAAAUAUUCGCAUUUUCUGUCCGACCGCAAGUGAAAUGCCCGUGGGACUAUUUAACGGUCUUUGUAUGCAUUCCUGGUUCGACAUGAACAAAGAUCACGAUCCAAUGGAAGGGGAAAUUUGGGACAUCAAGAAAAUUUGGGACAACAGCAAAUCCGCCAAGUUUGUUGGACAGUUAAUCGAUUUUGAGCUCCUCCAUGGAACCCCGCUUGAUAAAAUAAUCUUGGGUGGUCACUCGCAAGGCGGAGCGCUAGCGCUCUACGCCGGUUUAUCUUACGUCAACAAAACGACAGAGAAGAAUCUGGGUGGGAUUUUCACUUUGGGUAGCUGGUUGUUACUCCGUUGGGAGUUUGAUUCCGCUUAUGCCCAGAGCAUUAUUGCCGUCAAUGCCCCAAAGAAUGUGCUCAUGUGUCACGGAGAAAGAGACCGAAAAAUUCCUGUGGAUUGGGGGAUUUCUGCAAAGGAGGAUUUAGAGAAGGUGAUCGGAAAUCUAGAAUUUGUCCCGUACAAACAACAUGGUCACGAGGUAUCAACGAUUCAGUUAAAAGACUGCGUAAAAUUUUGUCACACGAUAUUGUCUGAUUGAGUCUGCAACGAAUAUGAUUAAAUCAAAACAAAUCUUGUGAUCACCCAUAUUAAUUUUCUUUCCAGUCAAGAAAGCUAUAAAGGCCUAUAAAAACUUCA